AUGGCGGCCGAGUCGUCCCCUGAGCCCGCUGUCACGUCUGACGGCGAGCAGCCUCAAGCCGCCAAUGGCGACGUCCCAGCCCCCGAGCCGUCCGCCCAGGAUCUUGAUUUCGUCACCCUGGGCAUGUUUAUCGUUGACGAGAUCGAGUACACGCCGCCCAAGCCUCCUCAGAAGGACGUAUUAGGCGGUGCAGGCUCCUAUGCCGCACUAGGUGCCCGUCUCUUCUCGCCAGGCCCCAUACAGUCCAAGACGGUCGGGUGGAUCGUGGACCAGGGCUCCGACUUCCCCCCGGCCAUUACGACGCUCAUCGAUAGCUGGGAGACCGCCGCUCUUGUCCGCCACGACCCGGAUCGCCAUACCACAAGGGGCUGGAACUCGUUAGACGACAACGAGAACAGGGCCUUCAAGUACACCACCCCCAAGAAGAGGCUGGUAGCCGCCGACCUCAGCGGCGAGCCGCUGCUGCAGUCGCGCGCGUUCCACAUCAUCUGCAGCCCCUCCAGGUGCCGGGAGCUGGUCACGGAGCUGCUGACCCUGCGCAAGGACGAGGCCCUGCCCGAGGACGAUGAGGGCCGCGGGGGUUACUCGCGGCCCAUCAUCAUCUGGGAGCCGGUGCCCGACCUGUGCACGCCCGAUGAGCUCCUCAACCUGACCAACUGCCUGCCUCUCGUGGACGUCUGCAGCCCAAACCACUCGGAGCUGGCUGGUUUCAUGGGCGACUCCGGUAUCGACCCGGAGACUGGCGAGAUCAGCACCCUCGCCGUCGAGCAGGCGUGCGAACAGCUCCUCGGCUCCAUGCCCCUGUCGAGCUUCACCCUCGUGGUGAGGGCCGGCGAGAAGGGCUGCUACAUUGCCAAGAAUGGUGGGCGCAACAACUCCUCCAAGAAGAGUGGCUCGAAACAGCGGAAGAAGGUCCACGCCGCGCACGGCGGCCUGCAGCCCGACACAGACAUGAUGAGCCUCUUUGCCGGUCUCCUGCAGCAGUCCGCCCCCGACGAGGACGGCGCUGACGAGGAUGGGGCCGCCACCUUUAGCUUCAUCCAGGACGAGCUCGACGAGGUGGAGAUAGACCCCGGGCUGGACAAGUGGAUACCCGCCUUCUUCACCAGGGAAGAUGCUGCCGCUGGGAGGGUCGUUGAUCCCACUGGUGGCGGCAACACGUUCCUCGGCGGGUUGGGUGUGGCUCUCGCCAGAGGCAAGACCAUGCAGGAGGCCGCGUGCUGGGGCAGCAUCGCCGCGAGCUUCGCUAUCGAGCAGGUCGGUGUGCCUGAGCUGGGCAGGAACGACGACGGCGAGGAGACGUGGAACGGCGAUCGAGUGCAGGACAGGCUGGAGGCUUUACAGGCACGUCUUGAGGUUCCAGCGGAAUAA